UUUGUAUAAAGUCAUGUUUGUUGUUAUGGUGUGCUGUUAAAGGUCCCACAAUCUUUCAUAAGUUUAAAAAUUUAUUAUAUUAAUUUCCUUUUACUUGAGGCAUUUCACAUGGGUAUGAACGAAGAUAAUCAUCAGUAAUUUGUGGUUGCAUUUAUUCUCAAAACCAAGUUGAAUUCGAAUCUCAAAACAAUUUAAAAGCUACAAGGAAAAUCCAUUUAACUGAUUGUACUCUGACAUGAAAUGAAAUAUUAUGAUUUGAAGGCGUCAUCUAAUUAAAACUCACUAGACUGGCAUAUUAUAGCCAAGUAAUGUCAACUGUUCAGAGCUGGUCUGGCGAUGCUAUUGAUGUAGCUUUGGCCGCUGAUUUUGAGGGUAGCCUUUCCUGUUUAGGUAUUGAACUUGGCACAGAAAAUUAUGAUAUGAGUGCUCCUUUGCAUUCAUUAAUCCAAAGUGUAUCUUCUGAUUAUGCUGGUUCACAUGAAAAUGGGGAUACUUCACCAACACAUGAAAAUGAAUUUCCUCCUGUUGAGCCACUUAGAGCGUCGUAUUCUGCACAAGCGAAGAAAACGCGUUUAGCUCUGAGUGCUGAUGAGGAUGUCACAAGUGCCAUUAAACGCUUUUGUGUUAGUAGUGAAGAUAAAGAGAAUAGCGAUAGUUCACAGAGUUCAAGAUGCCGUCAUAGUUCUUCCGUUCCUGAUCUCAGAACAACUGGUUCACCUUCACUUACAACUGUUUCUGUACUUAGUCCUAGUAUGUUAAGCCAGAUGUUACAAAUAUCUGAUUCCCCACCUCCAUUUGUCAUCAGAGAUGUACCCCCAAAUUUCAAGAAUACAGGAUUUCAGUACGUUCUUGGCGCAGCAACUUCCAUUGCAACUAAGAUAAAUGAAGAAACUAUGACCUAUCUUAACCAAGGUCAAUCAUAUGAAAUAAAGCUAAAAAAAUUGGGAGAUCUUACAGAAAUGCAGGGUAAAAUGUUAAAAAGCGUCAUUCGUGUCGGAUUCCAUGAGAGGAGGCUUCAAUAUUCUGAGAAAGAACAAAUUUCUCAGUGGCAAAGUCAAAGAUGUGGAGAAAGAAUAUUGGAAAUUGAUAUUCCUUUGUCCUAUGGUGUGUAUGAAGUUUUGAACGAUCCAAACAAUAUCCACAUUUGUGAAUUUUUAUGGGAUCCAACAAAUGAAACUGGAGUUUUUAUUAGGUUAAACUGCAUUAGUACAGAAUUCACUCCUAAGAAACAUGGAGGAGAAAAAGGUGCACCAUUUCGAAUUCAGAUUGAAACCUUCUCUCACUCCGAAAACUACACGCUAAGACUUCAUGUGGCAUCAUGUCAAGUGAAAGUCUUCAAGCCAAAAGGUGCCGAUAGAAAGCACAAAACUGACAGGGAAAAAAUGAGUAAAAGGCCACAAAUUGAGCAGGACAAGUAUAAAACUUCGUAUGAUUGUACAGUACUUUCUGAGUGUCCCCCAGAUUCACUUUAUAUCACUAUGCCAUCAUUGACUCCCACAACUCCUUCCUCACAAACAGCAUCAACAAAAUCAUUUUCACCUAAAAUCUCAAGUCCAGAAAGUAAAAUUAUUCCUUCUCAGUCUUUAAUGUAUGCUUACAGACGCUGUUCAAGAAAUGAAAGACGUAAAAGUGAAUCUCUUGAUUUAUCAGAUCAUUCCAAUCACUCUCGUGAAAAAUCUCCAUCCAUUGAAAGUGUUGAAAUACCUGUUACUGUUUCUGUGAAACAGGAACAGGAUCUAUUACCUGAAUCAAUUGGUGUAUUGAAAAAAGUGAUCAAAGAGGACUUGAAGGUUGAAUCAACUCUUGCAGAUACUGCAACAUGGCUGAAACAGAAUAAUUUUUCUGACUUUGUUGAAACAUUUGCUAGCUAUAAUGGUCUUGACAUGCUAAGGCUAUGCCAAGAUGAUUGCAUCAAAAUUUGUGGUCUUACUGAUGGUGUAAGAUUAUAUAAUUCCCUUCACUGCAGGCCAGUUUUAGCAAAAAAGGUUUUAUUUGCGAGACUACCUAAUGAGGAUGUUUUUAAAGCUGUAUAUUUACAUGAAUUGUGCGCAUCGUACUUAAUAGCCAAGCUGUCUCAUCUUUUCCAUAUCCCUGUAGAAAAUAUACAUGAUUUGAGAAUUCGCACUGGAGCAUCUUCAAGCUACACCGUCACAGAUGAGGUUGUAGCAAACAUUAAAGAAGAUUCCUUAUUCAUCAUAGAACUUUUAUUACAUGAUCAUUCUGUUGAUAAAUAUAUUCUUUUACUGAAGCCAUAUAGAGAGCAAUAACAUAGAAUGACAAGAUCUUUAUUCAUCAUGUGUAUAUUGGAGGCAUCCAUCAUCUUUAUUUUAUGGAAACAUCCACAAAUUCUGUACAUAGCAUUUACGGAAAUGUUCAAUUACUUGAAAAUAUUUCAAGACAUCAUAGAUUUUUAUACUGCCUUUUUUCCUCGAACUUAUUGUUUGCAUUUGUUUUUUAAUACAUCACACUAUACUGUUACACAUAGAAAGACUAUGUGGUUGACCAAUAAAUGAUUUUUA